AUGACUUCGUUGCAUGUAGCAGUCUGUCCUUUACCUUUAUCGCGAAAUCAAUUAUAUCAACGAUUAAAAGAAAUCUCUCGUAAAGUCAAUACGAAUCGUGGAAAUGGUAGCAUUAAUAGCUUAAAGUUACUGCCUGGAUUAGAAGAUGCCAAGAUUCGCGACUGCGUAAUCGGACCCAAGCAUAUUGGACUGUUAUUUGAGGAUGGAAGUAUUUGUCGCGUUAGUUAUAUAAUCCAUGCUGAACUUUUACGUGAAGAUUGUCCAAGUCGCAACGCAUCUCAUCUUGGUUCAGAUACAAAAGCGACAACUAGUGGAACGACAGAAACUGGAGGAUCUUCAAGAUCGUCAACGUCUUCUCGAAAUACAGCUAGCGUUAAUGUAUGGCCUUCCAGUGGUGUAAGAGCUAGAGUAAUGAGACGCAAUCGUGAUAGUCUUUUAAGGCGGCCUUUCCUUGCGUCUUAUCGGAACGUAUUACCAGUUAAUUUAGUCCCUGAUGACUUAAUUGAGCAGGUCCAAGGUGUAUUGCAAGACAAAUCUCGGCAGGUGAUAAUAAGAGAACUACAACGAAGUAAUUUGGAUGUAAACGUUGCAGUUAAUAAUCUUUUAAGUCGCGAUGAUGAUGAUGAUACUGGAGAACCAGAGGAUAGUACAGAGUAUACCUUAGCAGACGAAAUGCUAUCAGAUAAUGCAUCCUUUUUCGAUGAUGGUGGAUUUAUAUUUGAUAGUGAUUUUGGUGAUGAUAAUCUAACUAAUAAUGUACAUAUACGCCCAAGUACUAGUCGCGGUGGAAGUUACCGACAGAGCUUACGUCGCGAUCCUAGUAAUACCGCUGAAAGGGAAGAAUCCUCCAAGUUAAUGCGUUCCUUUGAUGAUUUAAGUGAUGCGACGUCGUCCAACAAUUUAACCGAUAGAAAUAUAGACGAUAUAUCUGAUCUAGUCCAAUUCAAUCAUGUUCAAUGGUGGUUAGCUGCUGACAAUACAAAAGAAAAAGACUUUACUCACAUAGCCGCUCUGCAUUCCGAAUUAAUAGCUGUAAAUUCUUCUGGUAAAUUAUUCCAAUGGAAAUGGUCGGACAAGCAUCCUUACAAAGGCCAAACUGAUGAAAAUAUGAGGCAUCCACGUACAGCUGACCUAGACUUAAAAAAUGAAGUUAUUGUUCUAGUAGCUGCCAAUUCUAUCCGAGCUUCUGUUGCUACCCUUUCUGGAAAGGUUGCAACAUGGGUAGACGAUUGUGUUCACUAUUUUGCCAAUAAAAUUGAACAUCCUGCAAGAAAAUUUAGAGAAUUUGAAGAUAAUCCUAUAAAAUCUUUACAAGUGUGUCCUUUAUACACUUGUGUACAACUAUCAUCUGAUGUAGUGAUGUGGUGGGGAAUUCCACCUUUUGCUGUACGUAAGAAGAUAAUUGAGAAAGCUAAACUUAGGUUAAAGAAGGCUAAGUCAUCAUGCGAGCCUUCAUCUAUAACUGUUGGGUCUAUGGUUCGUUUCUCUGGUAAUCCAAUUUAUAAUCAUGGAGCUAUUGCUAUCAAUAUUUCAUCUGGAAAGCCAAAAAUUGGUCAACUGCUCGAAAGCGCUUGGAAUAUGGAUGAUAAACGUCGAUUCAGGAUACUACCGUACAAUUUUGUUGAUGCAGAUCUAGAAAAUGAUGAUUCACACGCUCAGUUUAAAUCAGAAUCUUCAAAACGUUAUCGUGAUGAUAGUGAAUUUAUGGAGGAAAUAUGGGAUAUUAAGAAUGCUAUAUUCGUAGAAGCUUCAAUGGAGCCACCAGUUGGUCAAGUUAUGAAGAUCGAUGGAGGAUUUGCCAUAGUGAAAGUUAAUUCACGGCAAGAUGACAGUAAAAGUGCAGAUGAUGGCGAUACUCAAUUAUAUUUAGAGACUAUGCUUCUUAGAAGUUGUCGUCUAUUGCCACUUGGCGAUUUACAGCUUACCAAAACACCGUAUAGCUGUAGGUGUGUUGAUAAAAUUCAACGAGUUCCUAAAUUACUUCCUCCGUCUAAGGGUCGAAUAGUUGCGUUAAGUGCUAAUUGUAACGGCAUUUUACAAGUUACAAGAAGUGAUGGAAAAUUAACUUAUAGCCGAUUCAACUUGGACAACGGACGAAGUCAUACUCUUUGUACUAUACCAACGGAUAUGAUUCAAGUUGAAGAGCACAAAGAAAAAGCAACCAUGCUCAGUAUCGAUCAGGAAUGGAACUGUGUCUUACGAGAUAGCCUUGGUGCCCUAUUUCCUUUAUCUGUUGUUGCUGGACAGAACAUUAAAGAUAGUGAUUGGCUGAACUUACCGCCAACCCGUUCUAUUGCUGUUGGAGUAAAUUUCAUGGAACGAAGCAUUCAUAGCAUCAAUAACCCCAUUGCUUUAAUUGCCAUGGUAAUGGAUAACCAGAAACUGAUGUCUUAUAUAUUAGAAUCCGAUUAUCGCAGUGUAAGGCAAUUAUUAGAUGAAGUUGACCGCAUAUCAGACCCGGAAAGCAAGCAAAAUUACAUCAAAAGUUUGCUACUGGAGCAUUGUGAUGGGAAACGUAAUAUAUUGCAUAUGUGUGCGAGUAUGUGUAAAGCAACCGCCGAAGAAGAUAGACGUCAAGCUGAUCAAAGUACACCUGUAAAUCCUUCCUCAUCUUAUUCUGGACCUUAUUUACUUGCCAAUCUGCAUCGAUCGACUUCAUUUCCAUCAUCUCGAACUGAUAGUGUUGAUAGACUCAUUUCGUCUCAUAUGGAUGAAGAUAUGUUCGUAUCAAGCAGGCAUGAAACUAUUUCAAGCCAUCGCGACGAAAUUUCUUCACUUCUUGGAUUUAUGAAUGAAUCUUCGUCGUUACCGGGACCGUCAGUCAGAGAAGGUAUGAAAAGUCAAGGUAGUUCUAAAACUAGCGAUUACAGUCGUAGAGAACAAGAAAUGGUAACUUCGAACUCCUUUGAAAGUAGCAAGGAAUUUAAUACUUCUGCUGCCAUUAAAUGCUUGUCGUUAAUUUGCAAAAACGAUGCUUUAAAACCGUAUCUUGGGCUAUUGUUAUUAACGAGAGAUGCACAUGGUUAUACACCGUUUAUGUUGGCAGUACAUCUACGUGCGUACAAAGCAGCCCUUAUCUUGUUCGACUUAGCUAAGGAAUUAGCUGAAAAACAGGAUGAUAGCAAGGAAGUUUUACGACAGAUCAUUUGCCCUUCGGAAACUACUACAGAUUGCUCACCUAUUUAUAACAUAUGCCUAAAUGAUUGCUGCUCUUUUACUUGGACUGGUACAGAACAUAUCAAUCAGGACGUUUACGAAUGUCGCACAUGCGGACUCGUAGAUACUCAUUGUUGUUGUACUGAGUGUGCUCUCAUUUGUCAUAAAGGACAUAACUGCGUAUUGAAGAGUUCUCCGUCGUCUGCUUACUGCGACUGCUUAGAGAAAUGUAAUUGUCAAAUUCAAGUUGCCGGUAGCCAAGGAGAUCGCUUAAGACUUUUACAGAGAUUAAUUGCUGAAACAGACCUAGUGCGAUUGCCAAAUGAAAGGGGAGAGCAUAUUCUUUUAUUUGUUCUUCAUACUGCUGUAAGACAGGCUAAUUCUCACCAUCAGUUCCGCAACCGCCCUCAUGAUAGACGGCUUAGACAUAGUAAAAGUUUACGAUCUCUCUCGGGUACAGUUGUAAAUAAGGAUAUGGGUCCUUUAUUAGAACCACCAAAAUUCGCUGCCAAAGCACUAGAGCUACUAUUACAGGAUUGGACGUCUGUUAUGUCAUUAAUCAUGCCAGAAGCAGUCAAUGUCAUUUUUGAUGAAGGUACGAAGAUGAAUAAGCCUCACUCCACGGAUUACCCUUUUCUCGCAAGAGACGAACAAAAAGCUUUUCUUUCAAGUCAAGAUAAUUCUGUUCGUUUGGACUGUUUUACUUACUAUCUGACUGUAAAGUAUAAUACGAACGAAUGCAAGGCAUUAGAACAUCUACUACGAACGAUUAUCAAAUCAAUUGAGAAUCCUAUAACUACUGUUGAGGCUGAGAUAGUUGCUAAAAGGUUUGUCAGAUCCGUUGCCCGUAUUUUCGUUGUAUUGUCAGCGACACCGGAUGCCGCAAAUGUCUUUAGAAUUCCUUUACGAAAGUGCCGUAGCGUUUUUCAAUCGCUGCAUAUCUUUGCAGUAACAGAGCUAGCUAAGGCUGCAGACUCAUUGAUAGCACCAGUUCGAUUAGGAAUUGCUCAACCUGCUUGGUUAACGGUUUUAACUAGCCAUGUUGACGCUGCUCAAUUUAUCGAAAAUUUGUUCGUAACUGAGCCUUUCACAGAGGGUUCUACAGCUGGUGGUAGUCGUACUGAUGGUAAUGAUACUUCAAAUCCCUCAUUUAAUGAUAGUCUCAAUAAUGAUCAACAUGCAUCUCAAGAAAUAAGAGAUCCAGUCAUUGAAAUAGACCAUGCAAAUAUACGGUCAGAUGCAGAUAAUACUGAAAGAAGAAAUACUCAUGAUCUGACAUCUAGCGUCAGUAAUGAUACAUUAGCAUCACGAGCUCCUAUGGCUGUGGAAGAACUUAUUGAUACAGAUAGCGACGCAAGUAGUCCACAUGAACAAUCUAGGGAGUUAAGUAGGAGUGCUGAUAUAGCGAACGAAGGGAUUCAAGUUGAUAACAGUUCUAAUAAUGAAUCUGAAAUGGAUCUUGGUAUGCUUGAAGAGAUUGAUAGUGAUAGUAGUGACAGUGUUGUCCUCCGGAUUGAAUCCGCGUCAGCAACAACUUCGCGGAUGCAUGUUCAAAAUGAUAUCGAUUCCAAUAUGGUUUAUUAUUCUGACGAGGAGGACGAAUCUUCUUCGUCAGAAGCAUUUGAAGAGCCUGAUGAGUUACCAGGACGGCCUCAAAGUCGACGAAUGAUGAGAGGCAAUACUGAUGCGCCUAUUUACAAUAUUUCUAGAUCGAUUAGAGAGCCUCAUGUAUUACAAUGGGCUGUAAAUGCAACGGCUCAUCCUCAACAAGGUGGUCACAUAAUUACACCAAAUUCUAUAUUAUAUCCUGAUUCUAUUCGUACCGGCAAUUCUGGCAAUUCAAAUAAUAGUAACCGUGAUAGUAUCUCUUCUAUAGCCAACUCAAAUUCUAGUUAUAUAGCAAAGAUGUUCGCUGUGACUGUUCGUGAGGUCACAGAUCUGCUGGUUACAUUAACGAAUUUGAAGAAAACAAAGUGCAUUAAAUCUAGAUCAAAUACUAUAUUACCUGUUGAUGAAGUAAACUUAGUAGAUUUACAAGAAAAAGUUAAGGGGUGUCUAUCACAAUCAUGGCGUUGGAUUGUAGAUGUGAUGGAUAACACAGAAUCACAAUUAAGGUUUGGAGUUUCUUUACUGUUAGCAACUGAUAAAAAGCAUCCAAUGCAUCCAUUAAAUCCAGAUUAUCAACAAAAGUUGAUAGCAUCUAGUCGACGUGAUCGAGCUUCAAACAGAGAUACAGGUCAUCUAUGGGAGUCUAGCUAUCGGAGGGCGAGACUUGAAGCUAGUAAUUUGUUUGCCUCAAGCCGUCAUGACGUUUUGAUAUAUGCGCUCUCCUUGAUGCGUUCCAAUAAUUAUGAACAUAGAGAUACCAUUCCUUUCAUGGAUAUUUCUUCUAUGAAGCAUGUAGCUUAUGUUUUCGACGCUAUAAUGUAUUUUCUUCGCCAUGAUAUUAGAAGUUUAUCUACAGAGGAUGAAAAUAAUACUCGUGUUAGUUAUGAAGUAAGCAACCGUACCAGUUCUUCUGGGGCUACAAUUAAUGUGAAAGAAGUAUCCGAUACAUCUAAAGUUUACGAAAGCCGCGUACGAAAGAAUAAACGUUUUUUCCGAAGAACGAACUCCACGUUGCACUUAGGAUCGGAACCGGCAGAUCCUUUCAAGACACCUAUGAACAUUGCAUUGCCAUUAGCUGAGAAACCUCAUUUACUCAGUCCUUCAGUAUUAAAACAGGACUUAUUCAGUUCAAGCAUUGAUACUAGAGAUUGCUUUAACUCUAACCGUAGUGUGUCUGUGGAUCUUAAUUUAUCUACAAGAUUACAAAAUCAACAUGGCGAUUGUGGCACUGAUUUUAACGAAAUGAAGCCUGAAUGCUGGCUCGGACGAUGGAAGCUUACAGUUGAAUUAUUUAGUCGUGCUUUUAUGGAAGAUAUUGGUUGUCAGCCAGAUUCUGUCUUGACGGAAUUAGUUUCUUUCGAUAUCAAAGAAGCUGCUUUUAGACGCGAAAUGGAAAAACAUAAAAAUUUACAAACACGAGAUUUAGUCAUUGAGGUUGAAAGAGACGGAGCGGCAAUGAUAAAGCAAACCGUUAUAAGUUUAAACGACUUCUAUAAGAAGCAUCAAACACUAGAUCAACCGUUGGCAGUCCAUAGAGUUAAGGCCUCGUUUAAAAACGAACCGGGAGAAGGAAGCGGUGUCGCUCGCAGCUUUUAUUCUGGCAUUGCUGAAGCAUUCCUAUCAAAUGAAAAAUUACCUGUAUUGAAUGCAGGGUCAAGUAGUAGCAGGGAUGUAAAUCUUGGUAACGAUCGGCGUAGAGGCAGGAAUUAUUUCGUAUCCACGAACAGAAUUAGAGAUGUACAAAGCUAUCCGUUAUCUUACGAUGCUCCCUCAUUCGAUCCAACGAAGUAUAGUCAUCUUGAGAGUGUAAUAUAUAACUCUAGUGAAAAACAGGUCCUCGGUAAAAGACUUUUUGAGAAGAUUAGAGCUUUUCAUCCUGAACAUGCUGCUAAGAUUACGGGCAUGCUUUUGGAACAUGCUCCUACUCAAAAUUUAUUGGCAUUAUUUUCUGACGAAAAUUAUCUACGUCAACGUAUUGAUGAAGCUAUAUCCAUUAUAUGUUCUCAUCAAAGUGAAACUGAAGAUAACAGCUCUCAUCAAAAUAGCAAAGACAAUGAACCUCUAUUUUAUCAACCGGGCAAGGUCGGUUUCUAUUCGCCUCGCCCUGGAUCUAAUAGCCUUACGAGGUUGAAUCUUUUCAGAAACAUAGGAAGAAUUAUUGGCUUGUGCUUGCUUCAAAAUGAAGUCUCAACGCUAACAUUUAACCGUCACGUUCUAAAAGUAUUGCUGAAUAGAGACGUACAAUGGCAUGAUCUAGCAUUUUUCAAUGCCUCGCUAUAUGAAAACUUACGGCAAUUGAUAAUGGCUGGCAAUAAAGAUAAUGCGGAGCAGUAUUUCAAAGAAAUGGAUUUACGAUUUGUUAUCAAUUUAUCUCAGGAAGAAGGUGGAAAAGAAGUUGAAUUAAUUGAGGGUGGUUCCGGAAUUUCUGUUACACCAGAAAACGUUUACGAAUAUGUUGAAUUAUAUGCUAUGCAAAAAAUGUACUUUUGUAUGCAGAAACCUUUGGAUGCGAUGCGAAAAGGAAUAUUUGAUGUGAUUCCGCAAAAUGCGUUUAAAAAUUUAAAUACCGAGGAUUUGCGCUUACUUUUGAACGGUAUCGGAGAAGUUGAUGUAAAGUGGGUUAAGAGACAUACUUCCUUCAAUGAUGAAAGCAAAGGAUCCUCUGGUAAUGUGGAAAGGCUUAAGCGGUGGUUUUGGUCUAUUUUUGAGAAAAUGAGUACUGAAGAAAAGAGAGAACUGUUGUAUUUUUGGACCUCCAGUCCCGCAUUACCUGUAAGCGGAGAAGGUUUUCAACCGUUACCGACAAUAACGAUAAGGCCAUCAGAUGAUCAACAUUUACCGACUGCUAAUACUUGUAUUUCUCGAUUAUAUCUUCCGUUAUAUUCAAGCAAAGCUAUACUGAAAUCUAAACUGCUUAUGGCUAUUAAAAUCAAAGUUUUUGGCUUUGUAUAA